ACGCUAAUGAGGAUCUAUUGGCAGCAUGAGUACACUGGGGGGAAGUAGGGGAGAGCGAAAUGCCAAGCCCAAAUUCACAGCGUUGGAUAUAAAUCGCAUGUACAAGAAUAGCCGAGGCGAAUCGAGUGAACCAUCUGCCCAAAAGAAUCAAGUGCCGCGUAAACAUGGAAUGCAAAUAUUGGGAAAAGUGCCUUCAGCUAGGCGGCCACCGGCCAAUCUGCCAUCCCUAAAGGCCGAGACGAACAUCAGCAGCAGCAGCGCCACCAACAGUGCGACGCCUUUGAGCAACAACACCAACAACAACAAUCUCCUUGCAUCUGUUGAAGGCAACAGCAGCAGUACGAUCAGCAGCGGCUCAAACUCAGGAGGCGCGGGCGGAACAGCGAUCAGUGCAGCGGCAAGUGGCGCAGGUGCAAACAGCGCUGGUCACAACAACAUCGCUAGUGGACACAGUAGCGGCAUCAGUGCAGCGGGAGGAUCAGCUCUUGGCCACCACCACAAUAACGCUAGCAAAUACAAUAACAACAACAGCAGCAGCAACAGUAACAGCACCAGCAACAGUAACAGCCACAGCAGCAACAGCAAUAACAAUAAGAAUUUGAAAUUAAUAAAUAACUCGGCGGCAAGCGGAGGCGCAUCGGCCGGCAGCGGCGGAGCAGGGUCUGGUGGUGUUGCUGGAAGCGGCAGCGGCGGUCACGCGAAUAACUCACCCAAGACAUGGUCAGCGAUAACGACAGGACACGAACGUGCAGGCGGCACCGGUGGCCAUGGCGGGCAUGGCGGCCAUUAUGGCAACCGUCAUCACCAGCAGCAACAGCAGCAGGUGGUGCCGCACUAUCAGAGUCCACAGUUUCAAUACGAGUUCCCCACAUUGAUGGGCGGCAACGGUGGCGCUGCAUCCUCAGGUGGGCAUGCGGGCGCAGCCGGCGGCGGUGGCAAGUCAUCAAAGGACCAGCAGGCGCACUACCAGGGUCAGCAGCACGCACAUCAUCACCAGAAUCAUCAUUAUCAACAGCAGCAGCAACAGCAGCGAGAUUAUCGCGAUCACCAUGGCCAUCAUGGUCGUCAGUUUGGCGGACACGGCGGACACCACUUGCAUCGAGGCAGUGCCACCAAUGCGGAUUCCGGCAGCUACAGAGAUGGCAGCGACGACGUCGGCGGUGGCGGCGGCAACAGCAGCAGCAGCGAACUCAGCGAGAUGAGCCUGCGUCCCCAAAACGACCCAGCGGCUUGGCUGCAGCAGCAGGAGAAGGCCGCCAAGGAGCUGGCUUUGAACCAACAGGGCCAGGGCCACCAGAUAGCGGCCAAUGGGAGCGGUGCGGGCGCAGGAUCGGGCGGCAGUGUACCACUGCCCAUACUCUCGCUAAUGCCGUCAUUCAUGCGUAGCGGAGCACCGCUGCCCGCCUCCGGCAUCGGAGGUGGGCCUACAAUGGCAGCGGCUGUGGCAAAUGCAUCAUCCAGCAUUUCCACAGAUCUGACCUCGUCGGCACCAGCGCCCUAUCAAAAUGGCAUCACUGGCAACCGAUCCGCCUCGCCAGCCAUUCUGGGCAGUUUUCGUGCCGCGGCUGCGAUACCGAAGCGUCCAGCCGCUGGCAAUGCAGCGAUGACGACGCCACCACCGUCAGGUACGAUGGGAGGAAGUGGUGGCGCGACAACACCGCCGCAGCAGCAGCAGCUGCAGACGAACGGACCCGGUGGCCGCAAGGACAAGGACAAGGACUACGUGGUAGAGCCUGAGGUGGCGCAAAUGCAGCGUCCCAUCAUAAGGGAAGAGGAUCUGGAGCGCCUAAAUGCGAUUGCGAAGGACGAUAGCUGGACAAAACAGGAUGAAAUUGACUACACAAAGAAACUAACAUUUUCGGAUGAUGAGGAGCAYGCCAGUCUGGAGGAUCAACACCACAACAACAGCAACAGCAGCAAUAACAGCCACAAUAAGCAGCAGCAGCAGUCAGUCCAAUCCAGCAGCAGCAGCGAUCAGCGCAAGUCGUCGGGCAGCAGCUCGUGGCAGCGCGGUAAGGACAGCAGCGAGCGGGACUUGGAUGGCCCAUCGGAUCAGGGUCAGGGUCAGGAGCAACGGCAGCAAAACGGCCACCGAAGCAGUGCGGGCAAUGUGGUCGUUGGUAGUGGUGGCAUUGCUCUCGAUGCCGGCGUCUAUGAGCGUGUUAAGCAGCGCAAGGAGGAGGAGGAGCGUCGCCAGAUGGAGCGCAAACAGGCGGCAGCAAAGAAGCUGCAGGAGCUUGAGAUGAAGAUGAACAGCAAGAAGGCGCUCAGCGAGAGCAGCGGUGGCACCCCGGCCACUGCCAGCAGCGAGGCACCAGCCGUGCCCCUGGCCAAUGUCAGCGAGGACGAGGGCGGGGGUGCUGGACAGCAGCAACAGCUGCAGCAGCAGCUGAUGCAAUCGCGCAGCAUCUCGGAGAAUUCGCAUCGCAAGACGAGCGUCUCCUCCGGCGAUGAUGUGCUCAUGGGCGGUGGCUCCUGCUCGUCCUGGGCGGAGCAAACGGAUGCCGAGCAGAAGCAUCAUCGUCAUCGUGAGGAGAGCUUCUCAUCCACGCACAGCCACGAUUCAGCCGUACAGAUUAAGAUACUACAGCGGCCAGCGCGUCAGCCCAGCCUCAGCGAGGAGAAGCCCCUCUCAGCGGGCAGCAGCACGCUCCCGAAGCAGCCAUUGGAGCCCAUGCAGCCCACACAGAUAUUGAGACGCAGCGUUGAGCCCGUUGACAAGUCGGAGGAGAAGGCGGCAGAUCGCGAAGCUGGCGACAAGGGCGCAGAGACGGAGGCGGCCAAGCUGGCUGGAUUCUCUGCUGCCAAGGAUGAUGAGAAGGAGGCGUCACGAAACUCAACGGUGGCCUCCACUGCAGCAUCCGUCGUGCAGUUUGCGGCUGGCAAGCGUCCCAGUCCACGGGGUGGUCGCGGCGGGCGUGAGGAACUGCACACGUCGAGGGGCGCGGGCAGGAGCUAUCCGGCCAGUGGAGCUGGCGGUGGCAGCUAUCGCGGACAGCGCAGCAACAGCGACUGGAGCAGUCGUAACAGCGGUGGUGCAGGCAGCGGCGGCCGUCGCUACUACGGCAGCGGAGGUGAGCAGUCCGAGCAAUCGGAAGACGUAGAAGAGGAUUGUUAUAGCAGCAGUGGCGGUGGUGGAGGCGGUGGCGCAUCGCGGCGCAGUCCAAAAGUCCAGACCCGUUCCGAUCAGAGCAGCAACAGCAGCGGCUCUGGUGUGACGGCUGCAGCAGCAGCAGCUGGAUCGGCAGCAGGAGCGGGAGCUAACAAGGCGGGCUUUUCGCCAAGAGGCGAACCCUCGCGCCGAGGACGCGGUGGUCUCUCCAGUGGAGGCAGCUCGACGGCUGGAUUCCGACGACAGCCAGCGAGCGGAGGACGUGCGUAUGGCCGAUUGGGCUAUGAGGAGUACAGCAAGCGGAACUCUGAAUCGGAGUCGGGCAAUUUGUCGGACCUGGACAAGACCAAGCAGAAUCAGAUGGCGCUCAGUGCAGGACUGCACAAGGGCAAGGACGAGAAGGAGGAGCUGUUGGCCGACAAGGAGAAGAGUGCCGGCAGCGGCAACGCUACCAGCAACAGCAGCAGCAACAACAACAACAGCAACACCAACACCAACAUCGUAAGCAACAUUAAUAUACCCAACACUGCCGUGGCCAAGGAGGAGCCACACAAAGAUGGGCCUGCAACGGGCCCAGCGACGGGUGCCGGAACAGUGGGAGCAGCAGGAGCCAGGCCGCCGCCAGGACUGAGCACAGCUGCCGUCGGCGCCACCUCUGUUGGACUGCCCCUACUGGCUGCCCCAGGCAGCGAUGCGCCCGGCAAAAAGAAGACUAGCGAAUGCACAACAAUUGCGCCGUCAGUGGCAGCAAUAACGGCAGCAGCAGUAGCCGCUGCAUCAGCAACAACGGCGCCAAUUGGCGACAAGUCCAAGCUAUCGGCCAUUGGCGACAAGAGCGCCCUUGGUGUGGGCGUGGUCGGGGCGGGCAAUAUAUUGAUAGACGCCAAUGCUCCAGUAAACACUAUAAUCUUCGAGAACUCCACGUACAAGCAGCAGCAGCAGCACCAAGCGGCUGCCGCUGUGCCGCUCAAGCCCCAAUCCCUUGGAGGAGCUGCGACCGCUGCAGCUGUCGAGAGCCUAUCGAGUGCGCUCUCGCAGAUGAGCUUUGGCGGAAAUGACGAUGAGCAACAGCAGCAGGACAUGAAAUUGGGCUUCAGCUUCAGCGACGAUGCUGCCUCGCUCAAGGUGGUGGACAGUUUGGAAGCGGCCAGCAAGGCGGCCUCUCAACAACACCAGCAACAGCAGCAGCAGCAACAACAACAACAGCAGCAGCAGCAGCAGCAACAACAGCAGCAACAACAACAACAACAACAUCAACAACAGCAGCAAAACAAUUCUACGGCGGAUUUGAAUAUGAAAAUAGCGAGCGUGAAAAAGGUGUGGGAAUCGGCCACGCCCAUGUCAGAGACAACUCAGCAGGCAAGCCAUGCAGCAAGUACACAGCAGCAACAGCAGCAGCAACAACAGCAGCAGCAACAACAACAGCAGCAACAGCAGCAGCAGCAGCAACAACAGCAGCAGGUCUCAAACUCAGUGGUGGAUGACAGCGGCAGCCACAUCAGCGGCGCAUCGUUUGUAGCCGCCGUGGCUGCCUCGCAGCAGCAGCUCCACCACCAGCAGAUGUCGCACUAUGCCGUAUCCGCGGUGCACAUGCAGGGCCAUCACCAGCAGCAGCAGCAACAGCAGCAACAACAACAGCCGUCGCAUCACCAGCAGCAGCAGCAGGCACACCAUGCUCACCAUGCAUUGUCCUCGCCGGGACCGGUCUACGGCAGCCACGGAUCGCCGUUUGACACCGGUUCGCUGGACCAGCAAUUCCAGCAACAGCCGCAGCAGGAUGACUAUCCCAGCCCACAGCAGCAGCAGCACUCGCAGCAGCAUCAGCAGGCAGUGAAGGCCAAGCAGCUGCACGCCGGGCUGGGCAUGUCACCGCCGCCUAGCCACCAAC